AUGGCUGGGCAGAUUGGUGGGAUUGGGCAGAUGCAUCACCCUAGAACACCGAAGCUUGUUUGUGGAAUAGAAGCUGAAGUAAAGAGCCGCACGCAAACACCCGACCUCGACACCGCUCUAUCUGCGAGCUGCUGCCACAGGGUCCGAACCGAGUCCGUGACCCCUUCAACCCUUCAACCCCGUACCCGCUAUAGCACGGCCCGCCCGAAGGAAGCAGCAGCACCACUCACCACAGCGGCUGCGGGACAGGUGGCACAAUCAUCCACCGUGGUCCAUCAGCAGGCGCGGCAUGUCGACACCGACGAUGGCGACUACUCCUGUAUCGUUCGUCAUCACGAAGGGGUUCACAGCAGUCACAGGCUCACAGCGGUCGGGACCACCGGUAGGAGUCGAAAAUGGCCACCGAGCCUACCUCCCUUACCCACACAGGCCACCAAGGGUUCACCCUAUUAUUUGCCUCAAUGGUGGAACUUAAUCCUGCGCAACUGGGAACCGGCCUGCGCUGUACGUAAUAAAUACUCGGCGCAACGACGACUAGCAGAGAGAAAGUCGGACCAGCAGAGAUCAGCAGCACCAGCCAUCACACACUCAUCAGACACUGACACUUUCGUCAACCAAAUCUGGGGAGAUACCGGUACAGACCUAGUCAAACCUUUUUCAACCCCUCUUCGUUUAUUACAUAUCGUAUCCGUCUCCCACCUUCCACCUCCCCAGAGACCGCGACGAACCUAUAUCUGCAAUUUCCAGCAGCACUUUCACGUCGACGACACCACCGACGACAACAUGAUGGACACCAAGGAACAGAAGGGCUUCCAGUCGGCUCAGCCGUUCUCCUCCGACUCGUCUACCAAUGACAACGAGAUGGUCGGCCAAGUCCACAAUGUCAACGACGUGGAGAAGGCGGCCGCCGCACAGGCCAGCUCGCACUUCCACCGCCUGGGAUGGAAGCGUCUCACCGUCGUCCUGAUUGUCGAGGCCAUUGCGCUCGGCAGUCUGAGUAUGCCCGGCGCCUUCGCGACGCUGGGCAUGGUCGCCGGCGUCAUUCUCAGUCUCGGUCUCGGUCUCAUCGCCAUCUACACCAGCUACGUCGUCGGCCAGGUCAAACUCAAGUACCCCGAAGUGCAGCACUAUGCUGAUGCCGGUCGCCUGUUAAUGGGACGCUUCGGCUACGAGCUGGUCGGAUUCAUGUUCUCUAUGCAGUUGAUCUUCCUCGUCGGUUCGCAUACCCUCACCGGCACCAUUGCCUUCCUUAACAUCACCGACAACGCCACGUGCUCCAUCGCCUUCGGAGUCGUGUCGGCCAUCAUUCUCCUGUGCCUCGCCAUUCCGCCCUCUUUCGCCGAGGUCGCCAUCCUGGGCUACAUCGACUUCGUCUCCAUCAUUUGCGCCAUUGGUAUCACCAUCAUUGCCACCGGUGUCCAGCGAGGCGACAUUGGCACCGCCGCCGACUGGUCCGCGUGGCCGGCUGAGGACCUCACCUUUGUCAAGGCAUUCAUCGCCAUCACCAACAUCGUGUUCGCCUACUCCUUCGCCAUCUGCCAGUUCUCCUUCAUGGACGAGAUGCACACCCCCAAGGACUUCGUCAAGUCCAUCUGGGCCCUCGGCAUCAUCGAGAUCAUCAUCUACACCCUGACCGGCGCCCUGAUCUACUCCUUCGUCGGUUCCGAAGUCAAGUCCCCCGCUCUGCUGUCGGCCGGCCCCCUCGUGUCCAAGGUCGCUUUCGGCAUCGCCCUGCCCGUCAUCUUCAUCUCGGGGUCCAUCAACACCACCGUCGUCGGCCGCUACAUCCACGGUCGCGUCUACAAGGACACGGUCACCCGCUUCAUCAACGACAAGAAGGGAUGGGCUACCUGGCUCGCACUUAUCACGGUCAUCACCAUCAUCGCCUGGAUCAUCGCCGAGGCCAUCCCCUUCUUCUCGGAUCUGCUGUCCAUCUCCUCGGCGCUGUUCAUCUCCGGCUUCACCUUCUACUUCCCCGCCAUGAUGUGGUUCAAGCUCAUCCGACAGGGCGGCGUCUUCGCCCGGGAGAACAUCCUGAAGACGCUUGUCAACGCGCUCGUCUUCAUCAUCGGCAUCAUCACCCUGGUCGGUGGAACAUACUCGAGUAUUGCCGAUAUCGCCGAUGGCUACAGGGAGGGCACAGUCCGUGGUGCUUUCUCAUGUGCUCCGUUGUAA